UAGCUAGUUGAAAUCCAGUGAUAAUAAAUUCCAGGGUUUCUAUAUUUAGUUAAUUAACCAGCAGAGAGAAUUGAAGAAAUUAAAGUUAAGAGAGAGAAGAGAGAGAGGGGGGCAAAAUGGGAAGAGGAAAGGUGGAGCUGAAGAGGAUAGAGAACAAGAUAAACAGGCAGGUGACAUUCUCAAAGAGGAGAAGUGGUUUGGUUAAGAAAGCCCAUGAAAUCUCUGUUCUUUGUGAUGCUGAGGUUGCCCUUAUUGUCUUCUCCCACAAAGGAAAGCUCUUUGAUUACUCCACUGAUUCUUGGUAUCUAGGAUUUAUUAGCUGGCUGACGAUUCAGUUCGCUACUUUCGUCAUGGAAAAGAUUUUGGAGCGGUACGAACGAUACUCAUACACCGAGGGUCGCUUGAUUUCAACUAGUACAGACCCAACGGAAAAUUGGACCUUGGAAUAUGCCAAGCUGAAAGCCAAGAUUGAACUUCUUAAAAGGAAUCAUAAGCAUUAUAUGGGAGAAGACUUGGACUUGUUGAACUUGAAAGAUCUGCAAAAUCUUGAGCAGCAGCUUGACUCUUCCCUUAAACUAAUUCGGUCCAGAAGAAAUCAACUGAUGUCUGAAUCCAUUUCUGAGCUUCAGAAAAAGGAAAGGGCUAUUCGGGAGGAAAACAACAUGCUGGUGAAGAAGAUUAAGGAAAAAGAAAGAAGAGGAGUUGCAGAAGUGGCAUGGGAUCAGCAAAACCAUGCUUCCUUCCUUUUCCAACACCAAUCUCUUCCGGCCUUAAACAUUGGGGGGAGCUACCAAGGAGUAGAGGAAGAAGCGAGGAGGAACAAUAACAACAACAACAAUGAUGAUGAGCAGUUAGACCUUAAUCUAGACUCACUCUAUCCUCCAUGCCAUCUUGGUUGCUUUGCUUCAUCAUAAAUCUACUACUAUAAGAAUAUAUAAAUAUAGUAUUGUACUAAGUUUGCCAUAAUUGAUUUGGUCCCCAGCUAGCCCACAUAUAUAUAUAUACACACAAUAUAUGCAGGUGGAUGGUGGUGACUAAAACUUAUAUAAAUAAUUGAGCUGUGCCACA